AUGGAGAACCAACAAAAAUCGAAGUUAAACAUCAAACAGCGCUUUUCCUGUGGCCUCGGGAACGUUCUCAACGAAAUUUUCCGCCAAACGUACAUUUCUUUUUCUAUCAUAUUUUUGAUGCAAGUGAUUGGUUUGUCGGCAUCCCAAGCCGGAUUGGCUAUGCUUAUUGGACAAAUAACUGACGCCUUUACCUCUCCAAUAACUGGUUUCUUGGGCGACCGUGUGCAAAUUCCAUUUAUUUCCAAAAAGCUAGGUCAAAGGAAGUCGUGGCACUUAGUGGGAACGGUUAUGAUGGCCGGUGGAUUUCCUCUUCUGUUCAAUCGGUGUUUAGUAUGCAACGAUUAUCAGGGUGUCAGUUGGUUACAACCUUUUUACUAUUAUUGCAUCAUGGUUAUUAUAAGUCCAGCAUACAACAUUCUGGAGAUCAAUCAUCUUUCCAUCACCUUCACUGCAGCUGGGACAGUGCGAGAAGGCGCGGCGUUAACUGCUAUAAGGUUACAGCAAUAACACUAUUUUUUUUGUUCACAAUUUCUUGAUUCUGGUUUUUUGGAUUCUGUUCUCUGACUGAAUGUGAUCUCACCAGUGGUUAUGAAGUGUAUAUUGAUAAUUAACGCAGCUAAAGCACGUUUUUGCCUCUGCUUUUCUUAUUUUUCAAACCUUUUUUUUUUUAUUUUUCGCUUUGAAUCUCAAAUGCAGUAACCUGAUUUGACAGGCUACAAUACCGUCAGUGAUCAAGAUCGAUUACGUUCAGUUCAAGACGUGGUAUAUUGGAAUAAAGAUACCCUCAUCCCGAAUUUAUGUCGUAAGAGUCGACCCUUUUUUUUUCUUUUUUUUUUUUUUUUGAUAUAGGACAGUCCUUAGUUUCGUUAGUGGAAUAUACGUUUAUGUGGUUGCCUGGGGACUGCUUGGUCAGGAUGGCGGAGACGAUCUGGGGCCGGAAAGUGUAACACAGUUUGCGGUAGGUACCUAAAUAAAGUGACGAUAUGGAAAUUGCAUUAAUGAAAAAAGCAAUCUAACUGAUUGGAUUAAUGAUGAUGAUGAUGAUGAUGAUGAUGAUGAUGAUGAUGAUGAUGAGAUUGAAUUCAUAAUACCAUAUUGCUCCCGCACCCAACUAAACGCACGUUUUUUUAUGGUGCCUGCAUGCUUUUGAGCUAUUUUGAAAAAAAAGCUCAUGUGCCAGUGGUGUGAGCAUAUGUAUCUUUGUGGCUUUGUAAGUUCGGAUGUUUGUUGCAAGAGCCUGGUUGGAGGUACUAUGAGUUGAAACUUAAACCCCAUUUACAAGUGCUAAAAAAUCAGCCCGGCACGUCCAAUUUUUGGCACCAUGCUUCGUUUACCCGUGCCGAGACUACCUCCCGGAGGUAGUCUCGGCACCCCUAAAAUUUUGAGCACUGGUGCCACAUUACAUUUGGGACCAAUACGUUUACACGUCGAAAAUUGGGAGGGCCGUACCUUAAAAUCGUCAGCACGGUGCCAAAAAUUUGGCGUGUCGUGCUGAUUUUUUAGCGCAUGUAAAUGGGGUUUUAGGCCGGAACCAAUAACAUCUUGGCAUCUAUUUUAACAUGACAUUGCUAAAGGACGAACAAGGGUACUUUGAGACCGCCAUCUUGAUUCUUCACAAUUUUUUUCGUCUUUUAUUACGGCUACAGGUGUUUAGAAGCAUUACAUUAAAUAUCUUCCUGAUUCAAACGCUGUGUACAGUGAUGCAGCUGUUUAAGGGUUCAUAUCUUAAUGUGGAUGCUGCUUCAAAACAUCUCUGACCGAAUUCGGCUAUCGCGAACGGUACAACGCACUUAUUUACGAGAUGUGUUUCACCUGCCUCAAGAUAGAGUAUAAAAGAUCAUACAUUUUCAAAGCUCUUCCAAUGAAAGAAUAAUUGAUAUUUAGAUACGGACUUUAAUUCGAAGGUAUGCGGCCUAUAAAUUGUGGUUUUAGAUAUUUGAAAGGCAGCUUAUUUUUUUCGGACGUUGUACCGAGUAUUGUUAAUCCUGUAAACAAGCUUUAUUCUCUCGCUUACAAAGUUCAACAGACCUUUUUCGUUCCGGCAAUUUAAACAUGAAUAAGUGAACAACAUGAUACGUCCUUCCUGCUUAAUAAGUAUUAUAUUAUAGUUAUUGAAACGUAUUUUAUUUAGUAAAGAUGCGUAACUUAAGCCUGGUUUCCAUAUGAUCGCUACGAUCGCUGUGAUUACUGCGAUCGCUGAGAAAAAAAAUUUCAGCGAUCGCCACGAACAUAAGGAAACCACUUUCCAUUGACGCGUAGCGAUCGCAGCGACAACGAGCGCUGAGAUAUAAAAAGUUCUAUCUCAGUGAUCGUUGUUGAUGCGAUCGCAGGAAAGUGGUUACCAUAUGAUCGCUUCGAUCAUUGAACUUUUUUUUUUUCUCAGCGAUCGUAGCGAUCAUAUGAAAAUCAAGCAGUUGCGACAGGGAUUAAAAUUGGAAGAAGCUAGUUGACACUAAUUAUUUGGGCGUGGCUCAAAUAGAGUAAUGGGAAACGGCUUGUUUUGACGCAAAAGUGAAAUAGGCACGCAAUACGUGCUAACGUAAACAAGCAAGUAAACAAGCGAAGGGAGGCGAAUGUCUGCCAUGCGAACGUCAUUCAAUACUACAUAUUCUCCUUUAUCGUUUUCGUAAAGUUAACCAAAGUCUAUAAAACGUGUCUUCGGAAUCUCACGCAAAAUGUAGUGUUUUUAAAUCCUCGACUGGCGGAUUCAUAAAAAACUCUUUAUUAUCUCCAAUUUGAACUUGAAUUUACAUCGCAUCAUCAUAUUGACACAUGCAGACUUUAAAAAUAGAAUACGCUCCCACGAAAAACUGAAAUGGACCUCAUAGACGCAAUGACAAAUCGGAAUCAUAGUGUCAGGAAUGUACGUGUAAAAUCGAUAAGAGUUUGAAAAGAAGAAUGUGUAUCAAGAUUUGCCGCAAGAUUUGUGUUGCUGGCAAUCAGUGUGACAAUAGUGAUUUUGAUUUUCACAAUGCGGAACACAAGGAGUUGCCUGUGAUAAAAAUCUCUUCCGAUAAAGGAAAAGAAGAUUGUUUAAAAUUGAAAACAAAAGGGACUUAAGCUUCUUUGGGAGCUAUUGCGACAGCGGUAACAAUUCUUCUUAUUCUUUCAAUUGUUGUUUUUGUAUUGCGCGUUGUUUGUGUACAGUAUGAGGUCCUUGGUCCGCGCAAGUCCGCGAUGCCCUUGGUCCGCGACUUUUCCGAAAAUGAUAAAAUAUUUCGUCGAGAAAAAAAAAUACAUUGAAUAAUGAAAGAUAUCGUGAUUUACAGAUUAGCAUUCUUUCAUAUGACGAAGUUUCGGCUUUCGUGCUGUGGGUGAUGACGCGAAAUUAAAGUUUGUUGACGGGUAGGUUAAUUUGUCUUUCUUGAAGUUUAGAUUUUUGCGGCACCGUAGAUUACAUGGUCAUCUUUACUUAGCCUGGAAUAAAUAAAACGCAACGGGAAGACGUGCCUUUUUGCAGAACAGGUUUUCAGAUCAACUCAUUUCUGCUGUUGGAAGCAUAUUGCUAUUGCUAUUGUUAUCACCAAAUUUCGCUUAGCGAGUCCAAUUGGUCCGCGACCUAUGACCUUGGUUGAAUAAAACUUCCCAAAAAAAAAGCGACGGCCUCUGUUUUCUAAGAAUGUUUUGAAAAUCGUCCCUAUACAUGUCUACAAGUUCUCUUUUUUUAAAUACCUCUAAUACAAACAGAGUUUUUGGUAAUUUUUUGGUUUUUUCGACCGCGCUGAAAACCGCUCGUCGACGCUCGUGAGGGAGACUUGAGGAGACUGUUGUCUGAAGUCUUUGAUAGAAAAGAAUAUUAUGUUAUACCCACAACAUCUUCCGAAAAAAACUUUAGCUUAAUUGCAUCGAGAAAAGAAAAAAAUAUAUAUGAAAUAUUGUGAAAAUCACGUUUUAGUAUGGAAACUAUAACAUUUUUACGUUUUUUUCGUGCUGCUUACCUGAGACGCGGACCAAGGACCACAUUCGCCGACCAAGGACCAUCGAAAACGGUCGCCUUUUUUCGAAUUCCAAGCAAAAUAUUUAAUUCUGGAACUUAGAACUUCAGGAUUAUCGAGAGGAACAUAAAAGCUAUCUUCAGAGAGUAUUUCAGCUCGUUACGUGAAGAUUCGGGUAAGAUAUUCAAGUUAAUGACUUUUAGACGCGGACCAAGGACCACUUACUGUAUAUUGUGACGCGGUACAUGUACGAUCCUCGGCGUCGGGAUUUUUUAUUAUCAGCAAGUUUUGUGUUAGGAGUGUUUUGAUGUCAGUGAGGUGACGACAAGAAAAGGUAAUGUGUCAAUUGUACAGAAGGAAAAUUGUUUUGUAGAGGAAAUAAAACAAGUUGAAUUGAGAUCUCGUCGUAGGAAAUUUAUGUAUAACAGUGUUGAAUACUGUAGUAUAUCAAAUGUUAAUAGUUUAUACCAAUGUUCUUGUAAACAAUGCUUUGCUAUAGCACUUUAUGCAAUGUGUUACUCUGUUAUUAUCCAUGUGCAUACUGGACUUCAAGAACCUGAACCCUAUCUGCUCUUUCUAGUAAUGGGAAUACAAUGUACAGUGUAAUGGGCGUGAAAAGACAUAUUAUGCCAGUUGAUCUUCCUUAAAGUGAGAGUAUCAGCGUAGCCGAGAUAAACCUUACUGUUUGCGUUGUAAGCAAUGGUGUCCUAUGUUGCAAUUUGGCUGAGAGCAAAUUUGUGUUGAAGAUGUGCAUUUCAAAACAUUAUCAUGAAGUGACAGGAUUUAAUUUGUGGUGGAUUGGAACAUAUUGUAUAAACUGUGUAGUUCAGCAAAGAAGUAGAGUAAAGGAUUUAUCUUUUCUUGUGGUAUAUGAUGAAAGUUAGGUGAAAUAAGACUUGUUAAAAGUAUCAAAGGCGUACAGACAUUUUUGAAGAAAUUUGUAAAAUUACACAAAGUAAAUAAAAUUGUCAAAGACUACAGUAUGAAAUACACUUUAUAUUAUGCUCAUGAAAAUUGAAAGCAGUGAAAGAAAAAGAUUGCGAGGAAACGCAGGUAUAGUUCAUUUGAGUAUUGUGUGAUGGAACCUCUUAAAAAGAAACCUUUAGCUACAAGGAGAAAAGAAAACAGGCAGAUCGGGUCUAGAUUUUUGCAUUGAACAGUAUAAAAAUAAAAUAAGAAAAGGUCCCUGUUAUAUAUGUUGUGUUUGUAAUCGAUUACCUUAUACCAGAUCAGUUGACAUUUCUGCAAAAGUAAAUAUUCGUGUCAAAAUUUUUUCAGUGUGCAAUCUUCAUUUGAUGGAAAACAGUAUGUUUGUAAAACAUGUCACUUAAUACAGACAAUUUCUAUCAAAGCUCAGUGCCACUAUUAACAGAGUUUGACUCUAUUACCAACGUCCAAUAAAAUCAACCCAAUGUAGAAACCCAGCAACUACCUCACAAACUACACUCACAAGCUACACCAGUACCCAUCUUAGCAAUCAACUUCAAAUAUAACUCCACGCCUACUUAACUUCAGACAUUCAAACUAACCCCUCAAAUAUACAAUACCUCUGAACUACCCACAUAUCCUUCAUACACAAAACAAACUUCAAACAUAGGGUUAGUUCAACCACGCCCAAAUAUACGCUCCCACAGCGUCUUGUUAGAUAUUGUGUUAUUGAGUGGAAUAACAUGAUAUGAGUAGAAAUAUAUUUCGACAGUUUGAUAAUUUUCUUGGACGCCGAAAUGAAUGUUAGGCCAGCAACCUUAACGUUGCUUGAAGUGUAAUUUAAUUGCAGAUACAUUUAUUGUAAAGCCAAGGUGAUUUUUUAAAAUCGUUUUAGGAAAUUUUCUUGUAAACAAUUUGAGUUGUUUUAGGUACGAAUUGUAAAAGGAACAAAGUCCAACAUCUUCACGUGCAAAUUGUGUGCAUGAAUUAUUAUCAUAAUUCGCAUACGAACCACGAAAGGGGCAAAGUCCGACACUUUCACGUGCAAACUGUGUGAUUCUACAUUUCAUGCUGGCGUUUCACAGUUGUAAUAAUAACUUGAACGUAUGAAGACAUCUUUAGUUUUGUAACUAGUGCCUAAGCAAAGGCUCUUAAUUUUCUUUUAAGAAGCAAAAACUCAUACCACUGUCGGAAUUCAGUGGUCAGAGUUAAAGACUGUUUCGUUAAAGUAGAAUCGCACGUGAUAACCUCGUGAAUAAUGAUGAUGCCCGCGGCCAUCUACAACAAUGAUAAAAAUCUUAGCUAUUCGGUAUUCGGCGACCUUCAUUAUUUUAAGAAACCAUGAAUAACCCUUGAAUCCUUCGAGUCUUCCCUCCAAGCAACGUUUGGUGAGUUGAUAUUCAUAUUACUUUAACAAUUUGUUUAUUUUGCACAAGAUGUCUGAAGGAAAGACAAGGAAAAGUGAAUUUAUCAGAUCAAAUUAGCUAUGCACUGCGGUUCUAGUUUUCAUUAAUGUACAGCAAUAUCCAAUUUCGCACAAAACAAUAGCCUUAAUUUAGGAUUAAGACAGUAGAUUGCCGAUAUUGUUACACUGAAGCAUUCAAAAUAGCUCAUGCACGUAAAACGUGCCUUUGUUUGAUAACUAGCUAGAGGAGCAGGUGUAAUUCAUUUUUUUAAAAAAGCUAUAACCUUUUUACUAGAGUAUUCUUAGGUAUGUAUCAAAAGUUUAAAGUGAAAUAAAACUACAUUUAAGUUUAAAAAAAUUUUAUUUAAGUUAUUUUCAAAUGUUUUUAUUUCUUUCCCUUUCGACGCAGCAUCUUGUAUGGAUUGUCACUGGUACAGGAAUAGUCUUUUCAGUCAUUUUUUAUAUUGGAACAAAGGAACUAGCCGUACGCCCUCAAAGAAAGAUCAGCAAACCCAUGGAUCAAGUGGUAUGAAGUAACAUAAGAUAUCGAUUGCUUUGUCCUCGACGAAUAGCUAUCUUCCUUAGCCCCUGCCCAUGGACGAUUCGCAACUACGAUAAAUUAUCGCAAGAAAGAGCACUUGUAACCUUUUUACGAUAUUGUUUCGAAUGAUUGGAACAUUGUUUCAUUGCAACCCUGUUUUGCGCUGAAAAUCGUUGUUGCGAAUCCUUCCUUAUAACAUCACCUUUAGCUCGGUAUUAUAUUGACUUUUCCUGCUAAAUUAUGACGUUGAUGUUCUUGCAAGGUUUCUCUCUUGAUUCACAUUUAUUUUCAUGAGAGCUUAAUCCAUAGUCGAUUGCAUUCACCUGGACCCCUCAGUUGUAUCUCAUUAUACCCAGUGCCGUAGCAAUUUGUAGUAAUCAUCGCACUUUAUACUACCUGUAACAAAGUUCUAUCACAUGUCGCAAUUCGCCACAAAGCCGUGUCGCACUUGGUGAUAAAAAAUGUCCACUUUGACACAUCUCCCCAGGAUGCCCAUCUCUCUUUGUUAGAAAAUAUCACCGUACCUUAUAGACUUAAAGUUUCUACCAGUUAAUCAAAUACCUACUCUUUCAUGUCGGCAAGUAUAAAUAUCUAAGAGUUUUUUUCACGUCGACCAUGAAUUGUCUCAAGAAGAGUUUCACAGUGAUGGCAAUUUUAUGACAUAAAAAAAGGUUUUUGUCUUUGGCUAGAACGGUGAAGGAUUAUUUCAGGCUAGCCAGUCUGUUCAUUCAAUGGUCUUCGAACAAGUUGAUGGUGAGUUGAAUGAAAUGGAUUACUCUACCUUUAGUUCCAAUCUUUCUGUUUUACUUUCGCCUCGCAGUGCUCGUUGAGACAUGAGCAACGUUAAUUUUAGUAUAUUGAGGUCUAAUUUGUCAGUAAAAGGAGACCUUGUCAAUGUAACGAUACCUAAGGUGAAGCUAAAACUUAUACAUCAGCAGGGCCAAUUUAUUAGAACUUUUACAAGGCAUAGUGUAAUUUACAAGUGUUGCUAUUGUUUUCAUACUCUAAAACAAUAUAUAGCUACGCUUGUGAAUUACAUCACUUGCUUACGGUAUGUUCGUUGCUACGCGUCACAAGUAACAACCGAGAAAGGGUCUGGGCUCUUUAAUUUCUCACGUGUAGAUGCUGCAUGCCCAUUAUGGGCGCCUCAUCUGGAGGGAUCCUGAAAAUAAAAAGAUAUUGAAAAAAUAUUUCCGUAACAUCACGGGCCAGCAUUGGGUAAUAUUACAAGGUAAAAUCAGAUAAAGGAAAGAGAGCGGAUGUCUUUUUACCUCUUGCAGUUAACAGGCAUUCAGAAAUUAAACACGAUAUCUUUGUGGAAAAGCUAAAUAUCAGUAAUAAGACGAAAGACUGCAGGUUCUGUUAAUAAGGUAUAGAGAAAAUUGAAUUUUUUGAAAUUUUUUUUUUUAAGAUGCGAAGAGGAAAACUUCGACCAUAGUCCAUUCCCUUGUUGACAUUUUUAUGUCUUCGCUGGAAAACACGGAAGUUGUCGAUAACACAGCAGCUGCUAAAGCAGCAUCUAAAAAUAUGUCUGGUACAACGAUUUGUGGAAGCUCUCUUUUCAAAUGGCGGUGGAAACAGUCAAGACGAUUCAGAGGACAAACUUCAAAUUUCUGAAGUCACAUCGGGAGCGUCAAGUAAUCAAGAGAAACCCGGAAGCGGUAUGUAGAAUGGUAUUUGCCUUACUUUUUUUACAUCAUCCAUGAGCGGGUAGUGUUUCUGACUUUAAAUGUAAAUAUUCAUGAUUUUCGAUCGAUUUAUCAUCAACUUUAAUUGUUAUUGGCGUAACUAAACGUCAUUUCAAAAGGAAACCUCGACUUAGCGGUGAUUAAAAUCGUGUCAGCGGUCGCACGAUGAAAUUCUUUUUAACCAUCAUAAAGUGCAAAUCAAGUAAUUCUAGUGAGAUAAAAAAACAUUGAGGCAUAAUUGACAAGAGAUGAGAAUCCUCAGGCGUUCUGGUAGUUCAAGCGAAAUGACGCCAUUGUACGAAUGUCCUAUAAUUGCUAUUUCUCCUGUAGAUCUGAUAACCCAGGUAGCAAGACUGGACCAGGAUCACAAAGUGAGUCUCGUCCUUCGCUUAGUAGAUGCGCUUCUUAAUAAAGAGAGUCAAAGGCAACCAGAAGUAACUGGCGUUACGGCCGAAGAAGGGUAAGUGGAUCUUAAAGAGGAAAGUAACAAGCAGAAUAAAAACACAGAUUGUAUUGUAUGGUGAGCUUUUUUUCUUGACGUGAACACCCUGCUUUUUUUCAAGUACCCACGUGACGGUUCCUGAGUACAAAAGCAACACCCUGUUCUUAGGCUUCAAAGUGGUCACAAUUACAAUGACCUAUGCGCACAAGUUUUCUGUCACUUCCGUGGCAAUCCACGGCUAUGAAUAGCCGCAUUUCUGCCGGCUACGCUAACGUUUUAAAAUGACGUCUGACAAGGAAAAUUGGAGUAAAUAUGCGCUCAUUAAUACACUUUUGUGCUGAUACCCAGAAACUACGGUAACCAGGCACCAAGUGUGAUUACAUAGCCUAAGGUGACGUGCAUAAGUGGCAGUUGUUAUGAAAGGUUGAGGGCUUUCCAAUCAGUUUCCAUCCACAGCCUCAUCACCCACUGCACCUCUCAGAGUUUUUUACAUCGCCAUCUUGCACCUGAAGCGGUCUUGUAUGAGCGUAUUUUAUUUCACCUUAUUUUUUAGUUUUCCCAGUGAGUUAAUCUUUGCUCAGAUUACUGACAGGAACGGAACGAAAAAUACAGAAAUAAUAGAGGGAAACGAAGCUCAUAAUAUGAAAACAAGAGAAUAUGAUUUAAAUGGUGCUGACAGAGGACAUAGCAGGCGUCGGAGAAGAGGCAUGUCUUUGGCUCCAGAAGAAGUCUGUAAGCUUGGAAUACACAACCUUGGUUACCAAAAUGAAACCUGUGGGCUGGAGAUGAGAACAAAAAACGAAGAAGACGCCACUGAGCCUGUCGCUGAAGGUGAUGCAAUUAUCCAUGGUUUCGAAAAACAAAUGUCAGCUUUUACAGAAACAACAACGAGCAAAAGAAAAAGUUUCUCUGUUUCGGAAAGGAAUGAAGUCUGUAAUUCAGGAAUUUAUCCCGUUGAUUCAGAGAUGACAGCAUUUUCAGACAAAGAGACACAGAGAAAACUGAGCAUAUCAGCGCUGGAAGAGAACGGAUCUGAGAAAAAAGAGAAGGGAGAUGAAUCCAAUCAUAAAUCGUGUAAAUCUGCGAUAAGUGGAGGAUCUGAAAAGAGGAAACCAAAGACGACAACAGAUUGGUUGAAGACUCCUAGUGUUUACAAGGUUGGCUCUCUUAAUGUGUCCAAUGACCUUUUUGUUUUUUAAUUUCACUUUAAGUCUUAUCGGUAUAUCCCCUUAUGAAAUGACUUGCCUUUGAAGCAGCUGCAAGAUUGACGUGUGGGGAUCACAUCAUUUGUAAAUUUACCGAGUAAACUGAAACUAUACCGAAAGGCUAACCUUUGCCAACAAAUUAAGAUACCAAUAGUGUGCCGUUUAACAAUGUUGGGUAUCUAUUGUCAGUUUAGAACCUUAUGCAGUUCACGCAAACAGGUAAACAACAAAAUACAUUUUUUUGUCAAAAAUGCAAUCACAUUACAUUAAUAAAGCGCUGCGCUGGAAUUUCCUAACUCUGGACUCCAAGAGGGCUGUAAGGUAUUAGCCCUGUUUAAAACAAAAUCGUACUAAAAAAUAAAGUCAUUGACAAAUUAAUUUACCGAGUUCAUUUCAUCAAUUAGGUUGCCGUUAUCGUCACGUGUUCUCGCCUUGUGCAGGAUGCGGUUUAUGCAUAUUUGCCGUUGUACCUGACAGAAAGACUGGGCUUUGGGAAGGUAAGACGAAUAAUUUUGCACCCUUUAUGCCAAUGUGUUGAGGAGUAUCUUCCAUCAAUGGCUCUAAGAUCAUCACACCAUUCCCUAUAAUACACCCUAGCCUUAAAAUCUAAACUAAUAUACGGAGGAUGGCGUUCUCCACCACAGUUAUGGAAAACCGUCACAGAAUGUUAUGACAAAAUUGAUGCAGAAAACGUUGCUGCAUUUAAAGUAACUUGAGAUCAGGCGUUAUUUUGUCUAUUUAUUUUUUUGCUUCUUUACUUCUUUGGCUCGAGAUAAAGGGAGAAGGCAUGAUCGCAGGCUUCCCUACAUUUAAAGCAAAACUUAAAACAUUUUUAUUUAGGAAAUUUUUUCAUUUGCCUUUAUUCUUAACAUUAUGUUUGGAAGUAUUUUAACGGUGUUAUAUACAGAGAUCUUUUUACUAUUCCAUUUUUAUUCAUGUAAAGCCCACUGAAGUCAGAAAUGCGCUUGAAGACAACAUUUCCUCUAAUGUUAUCAUAGAAACAUUUCCAUGUGAUAGCAUCCAUACCGAAUAUCCAUAAAGGGGUUAUUAAUCCUUUCACUGCCAGAGAGGUUGAUGGAGUUUUGUAAGGUGACUCUAACUUUUGAGUCUGCAGACGAAAUCCUAUAAAAAUACACUCAAUUUUGUCAAAAUUUCACAAAAUGAAAUUUGAACAUUUGGUCGAAUUUGAUUUUUGCUAAAUUUGGCAGUGAAUUAGGGUUAAUUUUCUUCUCAUUUCAAUUUACUUUGAGCUUUUUGUUGAUUCUUUUGCAGCAAUCCAUUGCCUAUUUUCCCCUUGUUUUACUUGUUAGUGGAGCAAUUGGCAGCACUAUUUCAAAGAAACUUCACUCCAAACUGGGAAACAUGGUAAGCGGCUUCUCCCUCAUUUAAAUUCUUCUAUACAUGUAACAAGUCGAAUAAUUCAACUGAUAAUAAAUUAAAAAUAAGGGAGUAACAAAAUAUCUGCAACUUGCACUGCUAAGCGAGACGAUCUCCUUACCGGCUUUUAUCGGGGCUCCCGCUGAGCAAACCCUCUUUCCUGACUUUGAUACCUUCUAUAUUUGAUAUAUUUCCUCAGGCAACUUACCUCAUUGGUUCACUUUUCGUGAUUGGUGCAUCUGUAUACUAUUAUUUCCAAACCACUGACUUCAAACUGUCCACAUAUGCGCCCGUAAUACUAACAGGCAGUGGCAUGUCCAUCAUGUACGUCAUGGCCCUGACGUUCGCCGCAGAACUCGUCAAAGCAGACAAGGUGCGCCUACGCAAACAUUGUGUAAAUAGCAGAGUAAUGACCGCAAUUUAAUAUUUGAUUUUAUAAAUUUAACUGAAAUACUUUGGUCAAGUUAAUUGAGAUACGACCCGCCCUUCUGACUGUUUAAAAAACUGACAUACUAAAGAAAUUCUGAUUGGUCAAAAUAACUGGAAAACCAACGCGCGUUGUAAGUGGUCGAAAUAACUGAUAGACGACACGUGCUCUUAUUGGUCAAAAUAACUUAAAAUAUCACAUGCCUAUUGACUGGUUAAAAUAACUACCGGACACGACUGGUAUAACAAACUGAUGAAAAUACUUCGCUCGAGCUGAUUGGAUAACAAACGAUUGUAUAAUGUAAGGGCCUUGUAGCUAAAAUCAAACUGUAUAAAACUUUAAAAUUUUUUUAGUUCUUAUUUAGCUAUAUGUAUAGUCACCUUCUUAAAAUAACACAUCCAGUCAUAAAGGGAAAAGCUAAAUAGAUUACUGGUUCACCGGAAUACGCAUGAAAGACAGUUAAAAUGGACACAUCUCCCUUUAACUUAGACUUUAUAUUAGAGGGCCACAAUUAACUGAUAAAGAGUCCACUGUGAUUGAACUAUCAGAUCAAGAGAUCAGGCGCGGCUAUUUAUAAACACAGCCAUCUCCUAAAUUUUCAACAUAUAAAGCUACCAGCAGGUUAAACGUAUAUGCGUUUUUUUAAAGUAUCUGAAACAGUUGUGCUGUCUUUUACAGGAAACUAGUGGUUCGGCAUUCGCCAUCAUUAUUUUUGUAGCAAGAAUAUCCAGUGGUGGUUUGGUGAUGGCCAUACAAGAGUUUUACCCAGAAAACGGGUGAGAUUAUAAGUAGAUCUUCUACCUUAAUUUGGAAAAUCCAUAUUUUUGUGGUUGGGUGAAAAAUUUAAUUUAAUUAAUUGCCGAUUUCUGGGAACGUUUGUUCUCGGCUAGGUCUUUACUGUUUUCUCUGUUUUGAUGUAGGAAGAGGCCACAGAUUGCCAUGGUUGGCUAGAAUGCAUGAUUCGGGUGAUUAAAAUGUCCCGCUACUUCGAUGCAUCAUUGUCUUCCUAAAGCAUAUACCUGAUUCAAAAAACGUUGUCGCUAAAAAAGUAUAAACCAUGAACGAUAAGAAUUUUAGGAUUUAUGGGUAUACGUUCAUUAGCAAAGCAAAAUGUUCUUUCGACAAAAGUUUACAUUGUCACGAGAUGCUCGUGCGGAUGCAAAUCCCUAGAGUACUUUGUUUGAGGCAUGCUGUUGUCUUUUUUUGUCUUCCAAGAACGCUUUUAGGUCCUAUCUUAUGAUUUUCAAGUGUGAGUUAGCGAUAUGGCUACGCUCUUUAACUGUAGAAAUCUCUUAUAUGUUCCGCACUGGUGAAGUUAUGAGCCGUAAAUACUGGAAUCCGUUUUACGUUUUUUGGAAUGCAUCGUCGCGAAAAGCUUUGUAAAUGUACAAACAUUUUUGAGAAGAACUUUAAAUUUGCAAUGCUAGUAAAGUUGUACCCAUAAAUCCAUUAGGCUUGGUUUAUACUUUUCAAGCGACAACGUUUUUUUAAUCAGGUGUGUACUAAAAGGCCUAAAAGCUGCCCCUUUUUAUUCUUAGUUCGUCGAGCGAAACGCGCGCAAGAAAAAAUGCCAGGAGGGCGACUUUUAGUUAUUUACGAUUAUUUUACUUUAUAGCUCUACGUCCAAUUUGAGUGAAAGCGACUACGUGCAUCAUGUAUUUUCUGUAGUUCCCGCUCUAUUGGCGCUUGCUGGCUCGCUGAUGGUUUUAUUCUUCCGUCCACCGUCAUGUCAUACAAAAAGAGGUUGGUACCGUUUCAAGCUUUCCAUGCAAUUAUGUCUUAUCAUCAGCUAAGUUGGUUAAGAUGUAGCCAGUCUGUACAAUAAUUUUUAAUAAACACGAUCAAUAUGGCAAAAAUCAUCUCUAGACGCUGAUUAUGUCAACAUUUUUCAUACAUGCAGUUUGCAAAUGAAAUUAUGAUCGAAUUUAAUCUCCUUUGCUAGACAGCCCUGUAUGGAUUGUUUUACAUCAACCUUUGUAAACUAAUGCUGUCGUUUGCAUGUGCUAUAGAUAGUGUUAAGAGGCCGUUUCUUUCAAAUUAUCUAGCCUGCCAAAACAGCCGUUUCUCCUCGCUACACCCCGCUUGGGAGGCGUUUUGCCAGAAGAGACUCUCUUGGAGAAACGUCCUAAACGGCGAGGAGUGUGGUUGUUUUGGCAGCCGGGCUAAAAUAAAUUAACAGGCAUCAAUUUCAGUUAGUCUUGCAUUUCUUUUGCCCAAAUAUACAUUAUGGUUGGAUCUAGAGGGGGCCGAAGGGGAGGCACCCCAUUCACCCUUUUUUUCCGAAAUUACUUGUUCUAAAAAAUUUUCAAUUGAAUCUUUCUUGAAAGCUCUUAAUUUAUUAGUAUAAUAAGCACUCAGAGUUCUUUCUAAAUUUUCUGGAUCCCACAUCCCUCAGAUUAGCUUUUUAGCUAUUUUGUAGAUGGCUUGUACCUUACAUAAAGUAGUAGUGUCUGUUUUUUAAUGUCUUUUUUUUCAGUUUUUCUGUGGUAUAAAUAACAUCGUUGUCUUGUCUUGUUUAACAAACGCGUUGUUCAUUUUAGGAACAUCUAGUUAUCCAUUCAUUGUAAACGGCACACUGCUUGUUUUAUUUGUUUGUUUGUUUGUUUUUCUUGCAGAAUAUUCACUUGAUGAAAACCCUCAAGUUCAUGAUCAAUCAGAAGCAAUUCACGUUCACUCAUUCCACGUUGUCGUAGAACCUGAGAGAGAUUAG